GCUGUUUAAUUCAGCACUGAGCAUAAAUGUUUGACCUUAGCUGCUCAACCUGACGAUGAGAGAGAUAAACAUCUGUGGUGUGAGCCGGAACCGGGUCCUCCCAGAAGCCCAGGCCAACAAUGUGAAGAAGAUCGUACCACGCCCUUUAUCCAGGGUGAAUGGCUGGUCACCGCCCCUCCACUCCUUCCAGGCAAUAUGCUGGACCACCUCUCUGGUCAUGUUCGUUGCUGCCUUUGGGAUCUUCAUCCCCUUUCUGCCAAGGAGCUGGAAAUACGCUGCCUAUGUUCUGAUGGGUGGGCUGUCCUUGUUCCACGUCAUCGUGCACUUGGUCGCAACUACCAUCGAUCCAGCUGACACCAAUGUCCGACACAAAAAGGACUACUCGGAGCCUGUGCCGACCUUCGACCGGUCCAAACAUGCACACGUGAUACAGAACCAGUACUGCAACCUGUGUGAGGUUACUGUAAGCAAGAAAGCCAAGCAUUGCAGCUCCUGCAACAAAUGUGUCUCUGGCUUCGACCACCACUGCAAAUGGCUGAACAACUGCGUGGGCAGCAGAAAUUACCAGUUCUUCUUCUGCUCUGUGGCCUCAGCGGCAGUUGGCGUGCUUAUCGUGAUGGUUAUCUUGCUGUACGUCUUCAUCCAGUACUUUGUCAACCCCGACGAGCUUCGCACAGACCCUCUGUAUAAAGAGAUCAGCGCUGAGAACAUAUGGCUGCUGUUCCUCCCACUGUGGCCUGUGCCUGUGAAGACCCCUGUAGUCCUGUCCAUCCUAGUGGUGGUGUUCCUGCUAGCCAUUGCCAGCUUUGUGCCGCUCGGGAACCUGCUCAUUUUCCACUUCUACCUGAUUGCCAAGAACCUGAGCACAUUUGACCACAGGAUGCAGCGCCAAUUCCAGAGGAAUUCACACUCAGCAGAAAAGAAAGAGCUACCUCUACGGAAAAAGGGGAACCUUUCCCAGGAAAAGAGUAGUAACUUGAACUGGUCUCAAUGCUCACCGAGCCUCAAUUACAGGGUCUCCCUCACGCUGAUGUGCCUGCCUUUCCUCUUCAGGAUGGAGUCCCAGAAUUUCCCUGCUCUUCCACCGAAGUCAAAUACGGGUUUCAUAGCUCCAGCUCCAAAGACUCCUCCACAGUAAAGUGAUAAGAAUGAGCUUCUCUCAGGAUGGCAGUGCCAAGCCGUCAGCUCAAGAUCGUGAGGAGACGCCUCUGCUUUGUGGUACAUAAUGCCGCUGAGCCAUGACCUUCAGUAGAGUAUGUGUAUUAUGUGUAUUUUGGACUGAAGAUAUCUUCCAUUUAUGAUGAGUUCCUCAGAAUGCAAACCCCAUUGUCAUUCAAGAAUCAUCUAUAUAGAAGAAUAUUAGCAAUAAUAGAAUCUAGGUGUUAAGUACAUGUGUAUUUUCACUUUCAAAUUUUCUAGAUGUUUGAAAAUUUUCACAAUAAAAUGUUGAGAUAUGACUUGGUAAAAAAUAAACAUGGCAAAAGUUGGUGUGUUAUGUUGUGUAUAAUGUGGUAUAUAGUGUGUCAUGUAGGUGUGGUUAUUUUGUGUGACAUGUGGUGUGUGGUACCUACAGUAUUGCUGUAUCUGUAUAGUUAUGGAGAGUUGUGUAUCUGUGUGAUAUCUGAGAUGCCUGUGAUGUGUCUGUGUGGCGUGCCUAGAGUUUUAUAAGUGAUGUCUGCUGUGCGAUAUAUGUUCUGUGUAUGUCUAGGUGGGAUGUGAUGCAUCCAUGUGGUGUGUGAUAUGUCUAUGAUGUGUCUUGUGGAGUGCUGUAUCUGAUGUGUGUUAUGUGAUAUGUAUGCUGUUUGU